GUUGAGGGCGCUCAGAGACCUGAUCAAGGGAGAGAACAUGCAAAGUGUGCAGCUCAAGAGUUUGAACCACACAAGUUUUGUAGGAGAGUGAAGGUGCAGCACUGACAGACAGACAGUGUUUCCCCUUCCCCUGCCUGCUGACAGGACAGGACAGGAGGGGGAUUUAAAAGCCCCCUCUAACAGGGAAACCUGACUGCAUUCAGGACACGGGGUGUGAGAGACCCCCCUCCCAGUGUUUCAGAGCUCCAGCUCCCUGAGCUGCUCUAGUUUGCGAUGGACAGCGGCGGGGGUGAGAGCAGGGACUCCCAGGGGAGCCCUCUGCAGGUUCCCGGGGACUGGGAGACCCUGCCGCCGCAGCUCGAAGCCAAGUGCCGCCUGAGGACUUCCAGCUCGUCCGUCUCUUCCUUCAACUGCUCCUCGGCCGAGUCUGAGGAUGAGGUGUUCAGCGAUGGGGCUCCGAGCAGCCGCGACAGGAGGCAGCUCCUCAGGAAGAUGAAGUCAUGGAAGGCGUUUUUCACCAUGGUCCACUGGACCUACAGAAGAUCCAAUUCCUGGAUCCAACUUGCAGGACACGAAGGCCAUUUCCGCCCGAGUGAGGCCGGGUACAUCCUGAAGAAGUUCAGUGUCAACGAGAGCGAGUGCCUGCAGAAGCUGAUGGGCGAUGUCCUCAAGCCGUACGUGCCAGCCUAUUACGGGCUGGUGGAGAAGGACAGCCAGCACUACAUCCAGAUGGAAGACCUGCUCACGGGCCUGCACUCUCCCUGCAUCAUGGACUGCAAAAUGGGCAUCCGCACCUACCUGGAAGAGGAGCUGAUGAAGGACCGUCAGAAAGGUUCCUACCGUAAGGACCUCUACCAGAAGAUGAAGAAAGUGGACCCACAGGCUCCGACCGAGCAGGAGCACAGGGAGGCCGGGGUGACAAAAGUACGUUACAUGCAGUGGAGGGAGACGAUCAGUUCCACCGCCGCCCUCGGCUUCCGGAUUGAAGGAAUAACGAUGGACAACGGGGUGGUCCUCAAAGACUUCAAGCAGACCAGGACCAAAGAGCAGAUCAUGGCCGCGCUGAUCCGUUUCACUAACGGUUGCCCCCUUAUCCUGAAAGCCUAUGAAAACCGAUUAAAUGCCAUCAAGGCGGCGUUACUCCAGUCUCCGUUCUUCAGUUGUCAUGAGUUCAUCGGGAGCUCCCUGCUGUUCAUCCACGAGAGGAAGGGGAGGGUCAACGUCUGGAUGAUCGACUUUGGCAAGACGACCACCCUCCCUGAGGGCCACACACUGCAGCACAACCGCCCCUGGGAGGAGGGGAACCGCGAGGAUGGUUACCUACUGGGACUGGACAACCUCCUGGGCAUCUUCUCUGCCACCUUGGCCAAGCUAGAGAACGCGGCCGAACCAGGUGGCGAGGUCUCGGAGAGGCCGCUUGUUCACCGGUAGGGGGUUGGGGGAGGGAGGGAGGUAGGAAAUACCACGUCUCUCGCCCUGGGGUAGACGCUACGGGUGGAGGUGACUGGUUUGGUAGCGACUGGCGCAUCGUCUGGUCGGGGUAAUGAGGGGGACCCUGAAUCCACAUCCUGGGCUUGACCUCUGCCCCUCGUCCUGGGGGACUCAUCACUUAAAUGCCCCGCACCCCUUCAGUCAACGGUGCAUCCCGUUCCCCUGAUGGUAUGAUAACCCUCUCCCUGACGUGCUGUCGUUGUCACAUUGUACAGAGGGGGUAACCCCUCCAUCCGCACACUGAUUACAACAUGCUCUGUACCCCACCUCCCCUCCCCCCACAUCAAACACCGCCCCCCCCCCAGGACAGGGACAGCACGGGGUUAGAUACAGAGUAAAGCUCCCUCUACACUGUCCCCCCCAUCAAACAUUCCCAGGAUAGGGACAACAUGGGUUUAGAUACAGAGUAAAGCUCCCUCCACACUAUCCCCCAUCAAACCCUUCCAGAACAGGGACAGCACAGGGGGUUAGAUACAGAGUAAAGCUCCCUCUACACGGUCCCCCAUCAAACACUCCCCAGGACAGGACAGCACAGGGUUAGAUACAGAGUAAACUCCCUCUACACUGUCCCCCCAAACACUGACCAGGACAGGGACAGUACAGGGGGUUAGAUACCAAGUAAAGCUCCCUGUACACUGUCCUCCAUCAACACACCCCCCCAGGACAGGGACAGUACAGGGGGUUAGAUACAGAGUAAAGCUCCCUCUACACUGUCACCCAUCAAACACUCCCCAGGACAGGGACAGCACGGGGGGGUUAGAUACAGAGUGAAGCUCCCUUUAUAAUUGAAUGUAUGUGAUCACACAGCAGUGAGUCUCAGUCCCAGAGCUGUUUAGUGAAGGGGGAACGGAACAGAGCCGUUGCCCAGUGUUCGGUGGCCCUCUCCUGAUAACGCACUACAGCCACACACUGGAGUACCCGACACGACUGCAGCGCACAGGGGCCAGGAACGUUUCUGCAGCAACGCCUUGUAAAUUCGCUUCGGGAUUCCCGACAGCUUCCGAUGGAUUAUCCCACAGCGACAAAUGUUUGUGUAGCCACGGACCUUAAUCCAGGUCAAGGGGCAAAGCGUCCGUCCCUGAACUGCCUUUACAGAAAACCAGUCUGAAAUGUCAAGUUACCAGGAACAGAGUAAUUCCUCUGUUUCAGAUCAGCACUUUCAAAUGAUCAAGAUUUGUGUGGAUUUGGAGGGGGGUGGGGGGGGCAAGUCAAUUCUAAUCCAUUUCAAAAAGGGGCUUCUUAAACCACAGAAAGUUUAAGGACCACUACUCCUGCGCAAGGGCCAGCACCAGAGGUGAUGGGCUGAAUGGCCACUGCCACUGUCAGUGGAUGGUUCUGACCUGGACUUGCACUAUUUUACUGCUAAAUGUUUGAAUGUAAUGUGUCCGUGUCUUCUCGGACUUAUUGAGCUGGGUUUAAAUUUCAUAGCGACGGGUGUGUACUCUUUGGGUGCAUCUCCCAUUUACUUUGUAGAUAGAUGGUACUUCCUUUCAUUUCAGAAUUAAACAGAC